AUGCAGUUUAACAUUAAUCAUCAACGGUGUUCAAAUAUCCAGCAACAACAACAACCUUUUCAAAUACAACAACAACAACAUAUUUAUCAGCAAAUCCAGAUACAAGCACAACAACCUUUACAAUUCCAAAAUCCACAACAAAUACAACAAGCACAGUAUCCACAACAACAACAACAGUUGCAACAAGCACAGCACCCACAACAACAAUUGCAACAAGCACAGCAUCCAGAACCACAUCAGCAAGAAGAAGAAGAGGUUGAACCAGUAUUUUAUUUUAGUCAACCUCCCAAAUCUGAAGAAAUCAGAGCAUACUUUAUUUAUAAAUAUCAAAAUGAAAUCGAAUAUUCUGACAAAUAUUAUGAUGAUUUGUUUGAAUACAGACAUGUCAUUUUACCUAAAGAAAUUUCACUCCAUGUUCCACGUGAUAGACUUAUGAUAGAAGAUGAAUGGAGAGCUCUUGCACCUGAACCACAUAUUUUACUUUUCAAACGAGAAAAAGAUUAUUAUGAAAAAUAUUUACUUCCCUUAGAAAAAGAGAGAGAACUACAACAACAAACUCAAGAAAGUAACGCAAGUUCGUCUGUUGCAGUUUGA